AUUACUCUCGAGAGGCGUUUACAGUAAGACACAUGGGCAAAGGAGAGGUCUACGGCUUCUCCCUUCCAUCUGUUGGGGGUUCUCGGCUUCCCCGCAGCAUAUGGGGCCUGUCGUAUGAAUUUCUUAUCCUUCGGCGGCAGCUUCCGAGACGUCUGCUCCCUCGGUUGUACCCCAGCCCUAUGCCUGUGCUGUACAUCCAGCCCCAGGCUUCCUGCUGUGUCUCUCUUCAGGACUACCGGCUUUUGAUGACUCUCAUUCAGCACACUGGUGAGCUGUGAAAGUAGUACAGUCAUUAAGAUGCCAGCUUGCAGAGUGCCGUGAAGUCGGGAGAAAGCGUCCUGCUUCCCCAGUGCCCCGCUAUCUAGGAAGCUGACCUGUCCACACAGGAUGGCAGCUCUUGGUUUGUCUUCCACAUUUGCUGUGUCCACCCAGGACCCUGCGUGUCUCCAAGAGUCAGAAUUUCCUCUUUCUUCAAAACACCGUUCUUGUCCCCAGAAUUUAGACCUGUUUGCUUGCCAUGGUUUGGAGCCUGAUACACCAAACAGUGUUUCUUCUCAGGAAUCCGUGACUUUCCAGGAUGUAGCUGUGGACUUUACUGAGAAGGAGUGGCCCCUGCUGGAUUCCUCUCAGAGAAAACUGUACAAGGAUGUGAUGCUGGAGAACUAUAGCAACCUCACUUCACUGGGGUAUCAGGUUGGCAAACCCAGCCUCAUCUCGCACUUGGAGCAAGAAGACGAGCUGAGGACAGAGGAGAGGGGCAUCCAGCAAGGCACCUGUCCAGAUUGGGACACUCCAUCUAAGACCAAGUGGUCAAUUCUCAUGGAAGAUAUUUUUGGGAAAGAAACAUCCAGUGGUGUGACAAUGGAAAGAGCUCACCUUGGGGAGAGAUCCACUGAAUAUGCCCACUUGUUUGAAGUCUUCAGCAUGGGUGCUCAUCUUACUCAGCAGAUGGGGAGGCACCCUGGCAAGAGGCCCUACCACCGCCACAGUUGCGGGGCAGCUUUCAAGAGCAGGAUGCCCCUCACCCAACAUGUGAGCGUGUAUGACGGGAGGAAGAUGCACGAGUGUCAGCAGUGCCAGAAGGCCUUCACCACGAGCGCCUCCCUCACCCGGCACCGGAGGAUACACACCGGGGAGAAGCCCUACGGCUGCAGCGACUGCGGGAAGGCCUUCAACGACCCUUCCGCCCUCAGGAGCCAUGCACGGACCCACCUCAAAGAGAAGCCCUUCGACUGUAGUCAGUGUGGGAACGCCUUCCGCACCCUCUCGGCCCUGAAGAUACACAUGAGGGUCCACACUGGCGAGAGACCCUACAAGUGUGACGAGUGUGGCAAGGCCUACGGCAGGAGCUGCCACCUCAUUGCACACAAGCGAACACACACUGGGGAGCGGCCCUAUGAGUGUCAGGACUGUGGGAAAGCCUUCCAGCACCCCUCACACCUGAAGGAACACGUCAGGAACCACACGGGGGAGAAACCCUAUGAGUGCACACAGUGCGGCAAAGCCUUCCGCUGGAAGUCUAACUUUAAUUUGCAUAAGAAGAACCACAUGGUGGAGAAAACCUAUGAAUGCAAAGAAUGUGGGAAAUCCUUUGGUGACCUCUUGUCACGGAGGAAACACAUGAGAAUCCACAUUGUGAAGAAGCCGGUGGAAUGUCGCCAGUGUGGGAAGGCCUUCCGAAACCAGUCCAUCCUGAAGACACACAUGAAUUCUCACACAGGAGAGAAGCCCUAUGGGUGCGAUCUCUGUGGGAAAGCCUUCAGCGCCAGCUCAAACCUCACCGCACACAGAAAGAUACACACCCAAGAGAGACGCUAUGAAUGCGCAGCCUGUGGGAAAGUCUUUGGGGAUUAUCUGUCACGGAGGAGACACAUGAGCAUCCAUCUGGUAAAGAAGCGUGUGGAGUGCCGGCAGUGUGGGAAGGCGUUCAGGAACCAGUCCACCCUGAAGACCCACAUGAGAAGUCACACGGGAGAGAAGCCCUAUGAGUGUGACCACUGUGGGAAGGCCUUCAGCAUAGGCUCCAACCUCAACGUGCACCGGAGGAUACACACCGGGGAGAAGCCCUACGAGUGCCUCGCCUGCGGGAAGGCCUUCAGCGACCACUCGUCCCUCCGGAGCCACGUGAAGACUCACCGGGGAGAGAAGCUCUUCCCGGCCUCAGUGUGGAAAAGGCUCCAGUGAGCACUCUUAGGGGACGGGAACACUCAGAUCAGAAAGCAGCCUUCGGAUGUGAGGGAGGCAGGAAUCUCAUAAGCUCCCUCCUUACAGAGCACAAGAGUUCACGGAAUGUAGGAGAAAUCCAGUAUGUGUGAAGCCUGUAGGAAGACAAGUUUCUUGUCGCUUUGGAGAUGGGUGAGAACACAUGUCACGGGGGAUGUAUCUGGUGUGGAAAAGCCUUCGGCUCCAUCUAGUUUUUAAACACUCAAGAACUUAGGGGAGGGGCCCUGCUCGGCAUUUACUGUCAAAAUAACUUCAGCAGGCUGGAUUGCAGCCUGUGUCGAGUGCUUGCCUAGCGUGCAUGAGGCCCUGGGAUCCAUCCCACAGAAACAAGCAGACAAAACGAUUUCAGCAACACUCUCUCAACUUUCUGGACACACUAGGGAGAAUUUUUGUCAGUGUAGUGAUGGGGGAAGUCUUUUUGUUCUUGUGCUCUAUUCCUCAUGAGAGAAAUCACACUGAAGAGAAAACCUGUGAAGUGAGGGUGAAUGUGUGAAGUCCAUGAAAGGGGUGAGCAAACUGACCAGCUGUUUUUGUGCAACUUUCAUAAGCUAAGAAUAGUUGUUUCAUUUUUAAGGAGGAUGAGUUUGUGCAGAGACUCUCUGUGGCCCUCAAAGCCUGAAGUACUUGCUAUUUACAGAAAAGCUUUGCUAAGCCUUGGUCCACAGCAGUGGUCCUUGACAGGGAGCAGUUUUGUUUCCCAGGGGACACUUGGCAGCAUCAGGAGACAUUUUUGGUUGUUACUGGGGCAGGAGCUACUGGCAUAUAGUGGGAAGACUUUAGGGAUGGUGCGCAGGAGUCCCCUGCCCCCACUUCAAAGAAUCGUGUGCCCCCCAGCGCCAGUAUUGCUGAGGUUGAGAAUCAUUGCACUUACUGCGAGCACUCAAAUUAACAGAUAUUUCUUUAAAAAAUUUUUAAAUUAACGUGGUUCUUGGAAGAAAUUUGUGAGAACUUAACAUUGCUGAUAGUCCCUGUGUAUAAAUGAUGUCAGUCCCCUCACUUGUGCGUAUGAGAAUUCUCACUGGGAGAGAAGCCUGAUGGUAUUGUCCAGUGAAUUCAGGAUUGCACUUACGGUCCCUCAUCUUGAAAACAGGCCCUAGCUCAUGAAUUUCUAAUUUUUAUUUUUAAGGUGAUGCUCCUUUAAUUACCCAUUAGGCCUCAUCACAAAAGGUUUGUAUAUAGUAUUUUUACUGUAUCUUCAUUCUUGCUAUGUCUAAUUUUCUUUUGGGUAAUUUACUUGACCAAUGGAAUCUUUAGAAUUGUGUUAUGUAGUAGAUAACGUGGGUAUUUUAUAGUACCCGUUACUGGUAUCUGAUUCCAAUGCAUUGUGAUCAAAGCAUGAAGUCUUUAUCACAUGGAUCCUUUGGUAUGUUUGUGGCCUGCUGUCCAGCCAAGAAUGGCAUAGACUUCUAGUUGCUUCCCCAGUAUCCACUUCCAUAUCAAAAGAAUCCAGAUCUCAGUUAGGGGUGCUAUUUUUAAAAAUCUCUCAAACAGAUUUUCCUGCAGUUGGUACUGUUCACAUCCCAUAACCCUGGCCAUUGACAAAUAAGCAGAGGCCACUGUGAAGGUUUCUGAGAAAAAGCUCUUGAAAAAUGGUCCUUCUUACUUAGAUUUUUUCCUCCACAUAUGGUUCCUUUCUCCCUACAUCUCACCUUGCAAGGAGAUCCAGCACCUAGUGUUGAAAGGUCUUGUGGCUAUGAGGACAAAAGCCAGUCUAAGGAGAACACUGCAGCAAAGUCACAGUGAGCAGGGCUUCCCUGUGGCCUUUUGAGUGUCUGUAUUAACCCUGGGUUUCCUGGGUUUGUUACUUCCAGACCUAUUUCAUGAGAAAAAAAUAAAACUGAUUACUGGUUUAUGGCACUGUGAAUAUUUCAUUAUUUUUCUGUUUGCUUUAUUUCUUGGUGGGAAGAGGGUUCCCAGCCCAGCUGGGUGCUCUCUGGGGCCCAU